CGAAGGCUGGUCCUGGCCGGCACCUUAGACGAGGGAGCGAAGGUCCGCUGUUUGGCAAAAAGUACUCGGAAAGUAGAAUAAAUAGUCUACUGCAAUGGGAACCCGAGAUGACGAAUACGACUAUUUGUUCAAAGUUGUGUUAAUAGGAGACUCUGGAGUGGGCAAGAGUAAUCUGCUGUCCCGUUUCACAAGGAAUGAGUUCAAUCUGGAGAGCAAGAGUACCAUUGGAGUGGAGUUUGCCACCCGCAGCAUCCAGGUGGAUGGCAAGACAAUAAAAGCCCAGAUCUGGGACACAGCUGGACAGGAGCGUUACAGAGCCAUCACCUCGGCGUACUACCGAGGGGCGGUUGGAGCUCUCUUAGUUUAUGACAUCGCCAAGCACUUGACAUAUGAGAAUGUGGAACGCUGGCUUAAGGAGCUGAGGGAUCACGCUGACAACAACAUCGUUAUCAUGCUGGUUGGCAACAAGAGCGACCUUCGCCACCUCAGGGCAGUGCCCACUGAUGAGGCACGAGCCUUUGCAGAAAAGAACACACUCUCAUUUAUCGAAACCUCAGCCCUGGACUCCACUAAUGUAGAAGAAGCGUUCAAGAACAUUCUGACAGAAAUCUACCGUAUUGUAUCACAGAAGCAGAUAGCAGACAGAUCCGCUCAUGAUGAGUCUCCAGGGAACAAUGUGGUAGACAUUAGUGUCCCCCCCACCACUGACAGACAGAAGGGCAAUAAGCUGCAGUGCUGCCAAAGCCUGUGACACUCACCUUUACCCUCCCACAUUUACUUCCCUCCAAAACUAUUCUCUCUUCAUCUCUGCUUUACUCCAAGUGUUGUGCUGCUAUUGUCUCUAUACUUUCAUGUGUUUAGAAGUCUCUUAAGAUACCAAGACUCCAGUAGUUGACAUUCCUUUUGUUUGUUUGUUUUUUCUCCUGUUUUUCUUUGUUUUGUUAUUGUUGUCUUAUUCAGAAGAACCCAAUUUCUAUACCUAUCUUUUACUAGCAGCCUCAUAAUAACCUGGACCGGGAGAAACAGUUGAUUAUGCUAAGCUGUAAUGAGGCUGGUCUCUGGCUUUAUCUACUAUGCGUUUUUGUUUUGACUGACUUGUCUCUGUAGCCCUGAUCAUGUGACCCAAUCCUGUUGAAGGAAUGGUGAGGGAUCAGUAAGGCUAUAUCUGAGUGCUGUAAGUGAUUUUCUUUCCAUCUUCAUUCCCCCACCUGGGCUGAUAUCCAUGUGUUCACAUAUUGGGCUACAGUUUGAUUUCUUGUUCAUCUAAUUCUGCCCAUUGUGUGAGACAGGUGAAGGAGUGGGGACAGGAAAAGAAGGGAUGGGAUUCUGGUGCCCUCUUUUCUUUUCCUCUGAGCACUGAUCCCUGUGUGGUAUGAAAUUAGCUACAACCAGGGACCUGACUUGUAGUUACUGUCAAACAAGUGGAAAAGUUCGAAAGGAAUUGAGUUAAUUUUUGAAUGUUAUUGAUCAUCUGAGCACACAAAGAUACCAAAGUAGAUAAAUGCAAUCAUUGUCAAUUUGGGAUUAUCUCAUUUAGGUAUGUUCAAGGCUGCUUAAAUUACAGAUCAUAGCUAGAUCAUUCAAAGCAAGAUUAUUCAAAGCAAUAAUUUAUUUGCAAAAACUCAUGAUAUAGCAAUCUUAUGAAUUAAAUUGGUAGAUGGUUUUGUAAUGAGCUGGUGUCAGCCUGGAACAAGUCUAUUGGUUAAUUCCUCUUGAGCUGGCUCAGGCAAUGACCUCCUUCAACAGUCUGCCUAAAAAGAAAAACAAGUAGUUUUUGCACUUGUGUCCAGUAAUUUCAAUGGGACGUAUCACGUAACUAUCUUAGAGUAACUAAAUUUUUUGUUAAGUAACACUGACUAGUUGGUUGUGUUGUUGAGGACAUUGUAGAAAAAAACACUAUGCUGGGUGUUUCUCCUUUUUCAGGAACAGUUUCCUCCCUCUAACCCUAGCUCCCAAUUGCUUUCAUAUUUUUGUUUACACGUUCUCAUUAUUCUGAUAUGUUAUAAAAGCAAAUUGAUGGGGGUACAUGGAAUUGUUAAUGGAAAACUUUCCCUACAACAAAAUAUGCACUUCACUUAACACUUUAACAAGUCCAACCAUUUAAACCAUUGUCAACCCAGUUAUUGGAAGUUAGAAAUUUCAAUUGUUUAUGGUUGGCUUAAAUGCCUUAUGUUUCAUCUGGUAAAAAUGCCUUUUUUUGUGUGAUUCAUACUUUACCUGCACAUAAUAUCCUGUGACAAUAUUUUUUGUUGAAAAUUUCUCAAGUCAAAUCUGUUGUGCUGCCUUCACAUCACAUAAAUAAAUGCUGAAAAAUAAAUCUAAU